AUGACGGCAGCCAUCUUGCGACUCCCUGCGCGGUUGGUUCUGGCUGUUUCGGUUUACGUACCAGGAGGUGACGUUCAGGCUUUGCAAGACACCAGUAACGCUCUACGUCAGGUUAUUCCAAACACAAGAAGACAGGCUGGUAGUCUGGUGGAUGUGGUAGUUGUUGGAGACUUUAAUCGGCACGACCAGCUAUGGGGAGGAGACGAUAUAUCCUCGACGAGGCAAGGCGAGGCGGAUCAGAUCAUCAACCUUAUGAAUGUGUUUGAUCUUAUGAGCCUGCUCCCGAGAGGAACGAAGACGUGGAGCGGUGGAGGCUUUGAGACAACAGUCGAUCUGGUCCUUGCUUCCGCGGACCUAGCGUCUUCGACUGUCAAGUGUAUGAUACACGGUACAGAGCACGGAUCCGAUCAUCUUGCUAUUAAGACAGAGCUCGACGUCUCCGUCCGGGUGCCCCAAGCUCAAGAACGGCUCUUGCUCAAAAACGCACCAUGGAAGGAAAUCAACGUUCGAAUUGCCGCCGCAUUAGAGUCCAUCCCGGAGGAAGGUAUUCGUGUCGGAAACCAAAGAUGA